CUUCCAUCUUCCUUUUUGGUCUGCAAAAAGCAAAGCAGAAAACACUCUCCCUCUCCUCUAAUAAUAAUAUCAAUCAAUUCCUAUUCCUAACCCUCAACUCGUAAACCCUAACUCACUCCGAUCCGAUCUUAAUUCCGAUUCAACUCAAUAAUGGACGCCGAUUCUUGGGCUGGUCGUUUAUCUUCUACAUCCAAGCGUUACCAAUACGUUGUUCAAUCGCGAUCGUCAUCAGAUAUGUUUAUGGGGUUUGAGGACGUUGAGAUGGAUGAUGAUGUGAGAGAAGAGUUUCCAUGCCCCUUUUGCACUGGUUAUUUUGAUAUUGUGGGUUUGUGUUGUCAUAUUGAUGAUGAGCAUCAUCUUGCUUCCAAAAAUGGGGUGUGUCCAGUUUGUGCGGUGAGGGUGGGGGUGGACAUGGUAGCACAUAUAACCUUACAGCAUGGGAACAUAUUUAAGAUGCAACAAAAGAGAAGAAGUCGCAAAGGUAGUUCCCUUUCAACACUUUCUUUGUUGAGGAGAGAACUAAGAGAAGGAAAUUUGCAGUCUCUAUUUGGGGGCUCAUCGUAUUUAGGUCAGUCUGCAAAUGCAGCACCUGACCCUUUGUUGUCAUCAUUUAUCUUGCCAAUUGGUGAUGAUUCGGCUAGCACUCCAUCGGCUGAAUCAGUUGCUGUACCCAAAAGCACUGGUGAAAAAGCAUCCGAAAGAAAGCCUCAGUCGCCUCCACUGUCAACUGAAGAUAAGGAAGAGAGGAGUAAAAGGUCUGAAUUUGUGCAAGGAAUGUUGCUGUCGACGAUUUUUGAUGACGACUCGUGGUAGAAAGAUCUGCAUUUGUGGUGUAAGGUUGUGAUGUCGGGAGAGUGCGAAAUGUAGCAAUAAAUAUGUAAUUUAUGUUUGGCAAUUGUAGUUGAAAAAGGGAAGAAAAGAAAUAAGUAAUAGGAUGUGUUUGUUAAGUGAAUACAUUUAUAUAAUAUAUAUAUGCCUUUGUUGUUUCA